AUGAAGAUCUACUACCACGACGACGACAAUACCACUGAUAAACAACUUCCUCAUGAGACUUCGGAGACUGUUUCCGUUGAAGAGCUCAAAAAAUUGGGAGUGUUGGCAUAUCAUUACGACAAUCUCGAGGAUGUUGACAAGCUUGCAUCUGAACGAUCAUAUGUUUCUCGUGACGAGGUUCUAAUUACACCUGAAUCAUUUGGUGCCGACCGAGCCAUAUAUGAAUCCAAGCUGACGAGUUUUUAUGCAGAGCAUUUACAUGAGGAUGAAGAGAUUCGGUACAUUCUUGAUGGAGCUGGGUAUUUUGAUGUGCGGGACGCGUCUCAAUCACGAUGGAUCCGGGCAUUAUUGGAAAAGGGAGAUUUACUUAUUCUUCCUGCAGGUAUUUAUCACCGCUUUACAUUGACUACGGAAAAUAAUGUGAAAGCAUUACGGUUGUUUAGAGAAGAACCUAAAUGGAUUGCUUAUAAUCGACCAGAGGCUGAUGGCAAUGUUUACAGAAACGAGUAUCUCAAGGAAAUUGGGGUUUAA